AUGUCUCCAGCUCAAGAGGAGCAAGAAAAGGCUUCGACAUCCAUCCUGAAGGAGAGACGAUUCAAGUUGAGUAGAGCGUGUGAUCGCUGUCGUCGAAGGAGAAUCAAGUGUGAUGAGGGUCAUCCGUGUCAAGCUUGUCUCACCGCUAAUUCACCAUGUACGUUUGAAGAACCAGGAAAGCGAACACAUCCUCAUAAGUCAAAAAGAACUGCGACGCUAGAAGAUAGGAUGCAUCACCUCGAGACUCUCAUUCAAGCGAUCCCUCCUGCAGUUUUCGCUGCCGGAGGUGCGGGCGCAUCUGCACUCACCUCCUCCCAAUUGCUAUCUUCAGAUAACAUCGCCAGCCCUUUGGCGUCCUUCGCCUCGGCAAACCACAACUUUCCCUCGGGCGUCCCACCCCCAUCUUUGCACGUUUUCCCACUUACCAAUCCGUCUACCCACUUCAGAGCAUCUCCGCCCAUGAACUCUCCGCGAGCUCAAAGUCCGAACACUGCAUUUUCCUCGAUGCUUGGUCAGUCAUCUCAUACCCCAAAUGCAUCAAAUUGCGAACAACCGGAAGAGACAUCACGCAUGUUUAUAUCGGCUUCCUAUCUGUACUUCGAUGAUGAAGGCUACACUCGUUGGCAAGGAGAGACUUCUGGUCUUCCUCUAUUAGACCUUUUGGUCGAAAAUCACACUCCAGUCAAGUCUGAAGCUGAGAAGGGCUCACCAGAUCCAGCAUGGGCAAAUCCAUCUUCUCAUACCUCCAACCCAACUUGGUUUCCCAACAGGACACCCAGACGCACCGACGUCAAUCCUGAAACAUUAUGGCGCCUUAUCACUUCGUAUAUAGUUCCAGAACUUAUGGACAGUCUAGUUCAAUGCUAUUUAUGUACUUCUUAUUACCUGCUGCCUUUCCUACAUGUUCCGACAUUUUUGGCGGACUAUGGCAAUCCCAGAAAGUGGGGUGAGCCCGGGUUUGCGGCCUUUAUCGUAGCUAUAUGCUGCCUUGCUUCCCGUCACAUCGAUGACCCGAGAGUACGGUCGGAUCCCAGUGAUGGCAUCUCUGCCGGCACCCAGUGGUUCGAAUUGUUUGGACGGCUACGUACUCUUCCAAUCGCGGACCAUCCUACAUUGUACACUAUCCAGGCCGAUCUAAUCGCCGCGGUUUACGCUGUUGGGCUGGGAAAACUCUCAAAAGCAGCAGCACUCUUAUCAGAGGCUAUCACUGUGUCGAUCGAUACUGGCCUGCAUCGAUCGGCCGACACCUAUGACCUCUUUAAUCCCAUCGAGGACGAAGUCCGUAAGCGUACAUUCUGGUGCGUAUACCUAUGGGACAAACAACUGUCUGCCCACUUUGGCCGUCCCCCAAUGAUUCGCCUUCGGGACACCGACAUUGGAGAGCCUACCGUUGUAGAUGACGAGUUCAUCACGCAUGAUGGGAUACUCUCGCAGCCCGCAGGAACGGAGAGCCGUAUGAGUGCAUUUAUCGCCUCCGUGAGGAUCAUGGUUGUAAUGGAGUCGGUGUUGGACAUACCGCCUUCACGCGACCGGACAGGUGAUUCUUCUCCAUUCUUGUUACGCGCCGCAGGCGUGUUGUCUGGUCAUGUACGUCCGAAGGACCUACGCGAAGAGGAGGCAUUGCUGGACGAAAUUCGCCGAUCAAUACCUCCGUAUUGGGCGCAUACGUCGGCAACAUUGGCGAGUGAUGAUGUGAUUAGGGUCACCCAGGCCGUGCGUUUGCACUGCGCUGAGCAGUAUGUCAGGAUGUUGAUCCAUCGACAUCGCUUCUCAACUUUUGUGGCGGAGAGGGCAUAUAGUGCAUUAAUGGAGGAGGAUCCCGUGGAUGUAGAGAAGGAGGAGAUGAGUGCCGCGCAGUCGUGUGCGCUGCAGAUCAUCUCGUCGCACAUGCAGGUAGCGGGGAAGGGGUUGAUGACGUAUUAUGGUGUGCAUGUCAUUCACCAGCUCACGCAAGCAGGAAGGACGCUUAUCACCAUAUUGAUUAACUGCAAGAGCGAAAAACUUCAACGCUUGAUUCAGCCUGCGCUUGAAGCGCUUCGAUCGUGUGUUGGGUUAUUAAGGCGAUUCAGUGGGCGAUACGUGUGUGGACAGAGAUCAGGGGAUCUCAUGGAAGAAUUUUGUCGCUUGACUCAAAUUCCUCUGGAGCCUUCUCGCCCAGAAGGUCAGGAACAGUCAAGUUCGCGUCCCCCCUGGAUAAGACCCAUCCGAAAGAAGACGCCCAGCGUUGCUGCCAAGGGUGCAGGCAGUGACGGUGGAUCUCAACAUAGUAGUCCUGAGGCUUUUUCGCCCUCCGACUUCUUCGUAGACCCUACCCUUGGAGCCACAAGCCCACAAACGAUACCGCAGAGCGCUUUUUCGCCUGCACCUGUGCCACCAUCAUCACGAUAUCCACGGCGGUUGUCGCUUUCGGCACCGAGUUUUAUGGAACCAGGUGGCAUGGAUAUGGAUGCGUCUGCGGGGAUGUAUUUGUCGUCACCGGCAGAUAUGAUGAAUAUGUUCGGGGACGGGUCGGUGGAUGUUGCGACGCUUUUCUCGGGCGCGUCUGAUUUCAAUAUGGGUCAACAUCUUGCUGACCCACAUGAUCCGUUGUACGGGCACAUGAAUGGGGGGAAUAAUUUAAUCGCGUCCCCUUGA